UCCAGGGCAAGAAAGGUAAAGCAGCUGCCAGCUCCUUCCCAUGGCACGUGCAACCACCGUGUGACGGGAAAUCCCUGAGCGCCCCUUGUCACUGAGCCAAAGGCUUCAGGUGAAUGUCUUCUGCCUUCCCGAUUGCAGUGAGGUUUGCUGAAGUGCCAACGUACAUCAGACGCUUCAGCAUUGCAAGUACUGCUGGACAAAGCUCAAGAAGCAGAAGAAGCUUACAGCAGGAGAGCUUUUCGUCCAGUCCGCUGCCAGCGAUCCUGAGAACGUCUGAAGCCCGCGAGCAGCCGGUGACCUGGCAGCCGCAGGGCCAGGCAGGAAACGAAGGCCAAGAACACCUGGGCCAAACAACGGGAAAAAAACAUGUCCGGUUCCGCGGAGAUGAACAAGGAGCGGGAGAGGACCGUGAGGCUGGAGCGGCGGCCAUGUGGAAAGCAAAGGCCUCGCACCCUCAGGUUGCCGGGAGGCAGGUGGCAUCUCGUAUCAAAGACAGGAGAUGUUCAUUAAGAGCUGAGUCCAGCCUGUCCAGGGAUACCAAAGGCCAUGCAUUCCGGCCACCGUUACUGCCACGUGACUCUGUCAAACUACUCAGGCAGAGGCAGAUGGCCAAGAAGGACAGGCCGGUGCAGGCAGAACCUCAGGAGACGGCGGCAUCACCGUCUCACCGUGAGUGCAGCCUGCCUGAGGAGCCCUCCACCUCCAGAUCUGGUUUGCUGCCACCCAUACGCAACAGACCAGAGUCUCCCAGGAGUCCGCCUCCAAGGACCACAGCCCCGCGCCGCAGGCCGCCAACACCCUACCCGUUUCUGCCACGUGACUCUGUCAAACUACUCAGGCAGAGGCAGAUGGCUAAGGAGGACAGGCCAGAGCAGGCAGAACCUCAGGAGACGGCGGCAUCACCAUCUCACCGUGAGUGCAGCCUGCCUGAGGAGCCCUCCACCAGCCGAUCUGGUUUGCUGCCACCCAUACGCAACAGACCAGAGUCUCCCAAGACUCCGCCUCCAAAGUCCAAAGCCCUGCGCCGCAGGCCGCCAACACCCUACCCACGCUGAGCAGGGCACGGGGUGCCCGGGACAGACAGAGCUGCCCCUGAGCCUGCAAAACCCCAUCCGCAUCCUUCCUGGGUGCCAGCUCCCUGUAGAAAAGCAGAGGUAGAGGGACAGUGGGGACUGGGCUGGAUUCAAGAAAGAACAUUCACACUAGAAGCUGCGGAACAAGAUAGAUAAACGGCAUGAGAAAGGAAUGCUGAGAACUAAGGAUGCCUCCAGGAGACAAAAACAUGAGUCAAGCGAGCCACACGAUCGCCACACGAUAACAACCCUGGUUGGAGGAAGAGCGCGUGGCUACGAACAACUCGUGACACCGAUGGAUAAGCGCCUGCAUGCACGCUUAAGGAGUCGACCAGGGGCGACUGUG